AGCAUUUAUUCUGUAGGUGCUGGCUUUUGGUAUGUUGCUUCUCAUAAAAAAAUGACUAAUAAGAAAAAAUCAUCCCCACUAUUUUAUAGAAAUGGGUGGGAUUCACCUAAUGAGGCCCAUAAGUAGAAGCCCUCCCCUCUGUGCCCCCCCAAAAAAAUUACCUCAAGGGGGUUAGGGAACCCCCCACCCCAGGACAGAUAAGAGAGGGAAGAAUUGUUCCAUCUGGCAAGCAGAACUAUAGGAAGAGCGCAGCCUUGAAUUCCACCCAAUAAUAAAAAAUAAUCCAUAAUUUCCAUUAAUUUGUUAGUUUUUAAAAAACUACAUUGCGCAACUACAGUGCGAAAUUCACGACAAGGGCAAAUCUUGGAAGACGGCUGUGUUUUAGGUCUCACCUGGUUCCAGAUAUUGUGAAUUUGAUAGAUUUGCCUUCAGAUGUGAAUUGAAUUGCAUUCCGCCCGCAUCCCUACUGGGGAGACAGAAUCCCACCCCACCCCAACUAGUGUUGGCAUCUGUUCCGUGAUGCGGCCCAGCAAAUUGCAAGACCCAAAGCCUUCACUGUGUCCAGGGCCAGAUACAGGUUUGAUGAGGCCCUGAGCUACUGAAGGUAAUGGGGCCCUUUAUAUGUCCAGCUGUCCUUUGCCAACAUCAAAUUGUCACUUUUUUUUGUGUUGAAUAUAUGCUAUAUGGUAAUUUAUGAACCAAAUAGGUAUCUAAAGCCAUUUGCACAUGUCCUGCAACAAGUCCAUGCAGAAUGUAGGCACCCUAUAUAUAGAAAUGAACAAACCAGUGAUAUUUUAGGGAGCAGGCUAGCAGGCAGGGGCCAUGACUUACCUCACAGGAGCCUACACAACACAAAACACGGUUGUUGCAUGUAGGUUUUAUUUUAUUUGUUUUUUAUCUUAUAUUUUGGAAAUGUGCAUCCAGUUUUUCCCCCCUUUAAUUUUUUUGGGGGCCCCCAAGAGAAUGGGGUCCUAAGCUAUAGCUUGUUUAGCUUAUACGUAAAUCCAGUACUGGAAUUACCAGUACCAAGCCCUGGAACCAAUACACAUUCAGCAAAUUACUACAGUGGUACCUCGGGUUAAGUUCUUAAUUCGUUCCGGAGGUCCGUUUUUAACCUGAAACUGUUGUUAACCUGAAGCACCACUUUAGCUAACGGGGCCUCCCGCUGCUGCCGCGCCGCCAGAGCCCUAUUUCUGUUCUCAUCCUGAAUCAAAGUUCUUAACCUGAAGCACUAUUUCUUUAUUAGCGGAGUGUGUAACCUGAAGCGUAUGUAACCCGAGGUACCACUGUACUUGUGAAGCCACACUGUUAUUCCGUUCAGCCACCUGGUCUCAAACUGUACCACCCACGCAGAGGCUGGGUUUCUUCACAAAGGAAACGGGGUCAGGAUGAUCUCAGACCCUUUUUCUCGAGAGGUUGCCAUUUCAAACGCUGGCUCGGGGCUCCUGGGCGCAGCUGACGACUUUGGGGGAUGCAGUUCCCGCAGUGCCUCAUUUUGAUCUGCACAGGUAAUGACUUAUGCGUUUCAUCUGAAUCAUUUAAUUGUUAUUAAUCUGGGGGGUGGGAUCAGGGUGUGUGUGUUGAAUGUUCUCCCAGGAUACCCUGCUGCAAGCCUGAAAGUUAGUGUUCUCCAUCCAAUCGGCAAAUUUGAUCCUAUUAGUUUAGGACUCGGUUGAGACAAGGGUUCUCUCUCCCCUUGUAGCUGUUAAAGCAUUUAUUUAUUUGAUUUCAUAAGAUUUAUAUACCACUUGAUGGUUUUUAAAAAGCCCUCAAAGUGGUUUACAAAGAAUUAUUGGAACACAGCUAGCAGAAUAAUGUUAUCUCCUAUUGCUGCUGUUGUGAAAGGUCAUUCGGUUUAUCUUGUAUUUAUUUGAGCUUUGCAUCAAAAAGCAAUAGACUAACUCUUCCAUUUCAUUACCUUUUCACCCCACUCUUCAGAUUUCUCUGUUCUCAUCUCCCCCUCUCCGAGUAUAACACUUGAUGAACUGUAGUCCACAAACCCUUUUGCCAAAGAAACCCUGUUAGUCUUGAGAAACCAUAAGACAUAUACAUUUCUUACGGUCAUAGCCUAUGCAGAAGAACUGCUUAAAAACGAAACAAAACUUCUUUAAAACUUUGGACCUUAAGGUACUUGAAAAAAUAUUUAUCAAGAUUCUGUACUGCUUAAUUAAAAGCAAUAUAGUUUACGUAAAAUUAUAAAUUAAGCAAUGAAAAUAGACUUUUGAAACAGUAGGCAUAAUAAAAUUAUCAAAAUAUUGAUAAAACCAGCAAGUGUUUUUUUUAAAACACACACACAUAAAUGUACAAGACUGGUUUUCAAUGGUUUUAGGUUGUUUUUAAGGGCAUUCUGAAAACAUUAACAACAGCAGGUGGGGUACAAAUUUCCGAAAUAAAUACAACUAAUGGAUUUAGAUCAGCCCUAUUCAACCUUUCACCCCCAGGUAUCAUUGGACUAUAACUCCCAUCAUCCUUGACCAUUGGCUGAACUGGCUGGGGAUGAUGAGAUCUGUAGUUCAAUGUUCUCUGGGGAGCCAAGGUUGACGGAUUCUGCCUAACAGUACAAUCCAAACCCAAGAUCGACUGGGAUUAGAGAAUUUCGGUUUGGUGGAGCUUGGGCUUUCCUGACUAAGCUGGUGUAAGUUUUUCACCUCAGCAGAUUCCAGUGUUGUUGUUUUUUCUGGGGGUACACAGGGGUACACAUACUCCUAAACAUUUUGUGAAUCUUUGUACUUUUGUCCAUUUACUGUAUUUAUGUUUCCUGAUUUGAACUAUAAAAUGGUGAUUUUCUUGAGUCAAAAUGAGAGUACCCCUAAACAUUUUUAAAAGAAAAAAGCACUAGCUAAAUCAGAGACAGACUAUUGCCCUCACUCCAGUUCAGCCGACAUUCUUAAAUUUACUCUGGCUUAAGACUCCCAAAAAGGUGUUUUCCAGUGAUGUGGCUGUUCAGGACACACCCCACAAUCUGGCAGAACUUCACCAGCAAAAAAAGGUAGUAUAAGUCAAAUUCCUCCUGAAUGGAAUUUGGAAUAGGGGUAACCAGCUUUCUAUACUUUUUAAAAAUAGUCUUUAUUUUUUAAAAAAAAUUCUUUAUGUGCUACUAAACAAAUAAACAGGGGAAGUACAUAUAGCGUCUCCACUUUCGGUUCAUAGAGCCUUUUUCACAGAUCGAAUGAGUCACUAUUGUCAUAGACAUUGCGGGGGAAAGAGUGUGCAGCUAAAUAUCGUAACUAGACACUGGGAAGACCGAUAGGAUGGACAUAGACCACUGGUACCGAAAGACCUACACGGGCUCCCAGUACGUUUCCGAGCACAAUUCAAAGUGUUGGUGCUGACCUUUAAAGCCCUAAACGGCCUCGGCCCAGUAUACCUGAAGGAGCGUCUCCACCCCCAUCGUUCUGCCCGGACACUGAGGCCCAGCGCCGAGGGCCUUCUGGCGGUUCCCUCACUAUGAGAAGCCAAGUUACAGGGAACCAGGCAGAGGGCCUUCUCGGUAGUGGCACCCGCCCUGUGGAAUGCCCUCCCACCAGAUGUCAAAGAGAAAAACAACUACCAGACUUUUAGAAGACAUCUAAAGGCAGCCCUGCUUAGGGAAGCUUUUAAUGUUUUGAAAAAUACUCGGAGUCGAGAGUGGAUUUCAUGCUCUUUAUUCAGCUCAAAGUGAUGAGGAGGAAUGGAAGUUAGAAUCAUAGAAUCAUAGAGUUGGAAGAGACCACAAGGGCCAUCGAGUCCAACCCCCUGCCAAGCAGGAAACACCAUCUGAGCACUCCUGACAUAUGGUUGUCAAGCCUCUGCUUAAAGACCUCCAAAGAAGGAGACUCCACCACACUCCUUGGCAGCAAAUUCCACUGUCGAACAGCUCUUACUGUCAGGAAGUUCUUCCUAAUGUUUAGGUGGAAUCUUCUUUCUUGUAGUUUGGAUCCAUUGCUCCGUGUCCGCUUCUCUGGAGCAGCAGAAAACAACCUUUCUCCCUCCUCUAUGUGACAUCCUUUUAUAUAUUUGAACAUGGCUAUCAUAUCAGCCCUUAACCUCCUCUUCUCCAGGCUAAACAUGCCCAGCUCUCUUAGCCGUUCCUCAUAAGGCAUCGUUUCCAGGCCUUUGACCAUUUUGGUUGCCCUCCUCUGGACACGUUCCAGUUUGUCAAUGUCCUUCUUGAACUGUGGUGCCCAGAACUGGACACAGUACUCCAGGUGAGGUCUGACCAGAGCAGAAUACAGUGGCACUAUUACUUCCCUUGAUCUAGAUGCUAUACUCCUAUUGAUGCAGCCCAGAAUUGCAUUGGCUUUUUUAGCUGCCGCGUCACACUGUUGGCUCAUGUCAAGUUUGUGGUCAACCAAGACUCCUAGAUCCUUUUCACAUGUACUGCUCUCAAGCCAGGUGUCCCCCAUCUUGUAUUUGUGCCUCUCAUUUUUUUGCCCAAGUGCAAUACUUUACAUUUCUCCCUGUUAAAAUUCAUCUUGUUUGUUUUGGCCCAGUUCUCUAAUCUGUCAAGGUCGUUUUGAAGUGUGAUCCUGUCCUCUGGGGUGUUAGCCACCCCUCCCAAUUUGGUGUCAUCUGCAAAUUUGAUCAGGAUGCCCUUGAGUCCAUCAUCCAAGUCGUUGAUAAAGAUGUUGAAUAAGACCGGGCCCAAGACAGAACCCUGUGGCACCCCACUAGUCACUCUUCUCCAGGAUGGAGAGGAACCAUUGAUGAGCACCCUUUGGGUUCGGUCAGUCAGCCAGUUACAAAUCCACUGAGUGGUAGCAUAGUCAAGACCACAUUUUACCAGCUUCUUUACAAGAAUAUCAUGAGGCACCUUGUCAAAUGCCUUGCUGAAAUCAAGGUAGGCUACAUCCACUGCGUUCCCUUCAUCUACCAGGCUUGUAAUUCUGUCAAAAAUGAGAUCAGGUUAGUCUGACAUGACUUAUUUUUCAGAAAUCCAUGCUGACUAUUGGUGAUCACAGCAUUCCUUUCUAGGUGCUCACAGACUGUUUGCUUAAUGAUCUGCUCCAGAAUCUUCCCUGGUAUUGAUGUCAGACUGACUGGGCGGUAAUUAUUUGGGUCCUCUCUUUUCCCCUUUUGAAAAUAGGGACAACAUUUGCCCUCCUCCAGUCUGCCGGGACUUUGCCUGUUCUCCAGGAAUUCUCAAAGAUGACUGCCAGUGGUUCUGAGAUCACAUCUGCCAGUUCUUUUAAUACUCUUGGAUGCAGUUCAUCUGGCCCUGGAGACUUGAAUACAUCUAAACUAGCCAAGUAUUCUUGUACUAUCUCCUUAGAUAUUCUGGGCUGUGUUUCCUUUGCUGAAUCAUUUGCUCCAAAUUCUUCAGGUCGGGCAUUGUUUUCUUUAUCGGAGAAGACUGAGGCAAAGAAGGCAUUGAGGAGUUCAGCCCUUUCUGUGUCCCCUGUUUGCAUUUCACCAUCUUCUCCUCUGAGUGACCCCACUGUUUCUUUGUUCUUCCUUUUGCUACGGACAUACCCAUACAAGGCUUUUUUGUUGCUUUUAACCUCUCUAGCAAGCCUGAGUUCAUUCUGUGCUUUAGCUUUUCUGACUUUGUGUCUACACGUGCUGGCUAUUUGUUUGAAUUCCUCUUUGGUGGUUUCCCCCCUUUUCCAUUUUUGUACACAUCCUUUUUAAUCUUAACUCAGUUAAAAGUUCUUUAGAUAGCCACCCUGGCUUCUUUAGGCACCUUCCAUGUUUCUGUCUCAUUGGUAUUGCCUGACGUUGUGCUUUUAGUAUCUCCCUCUUAACAAACUCCCAGCCAUCAUGAACUCCCUUUCCUUUUAGUAUUACUGUCCAUGGGAUCUCACCCAGCACUUCCCUAAGUUUUAUGAAGUCAGCUUUCUUAAAGUCAAGAAAUUGAGUCCUAGUAUGCUUGGCUGCUCCUUUCCGCUGUAUAGUAAACUUCAGAAGAGCAUGAUCACUCGCGCCUAAUGAUCCUUCCACGUCUACCCCACUAACCAGGUCAUCAACAUUGGUUAGGACCAGAUCUAAAAUGGCUGUUCCUCUUGUUGCUUCUCCCACUUUCUGGACAAUGAAGUUGUCUGCAAGGCCAGUGAGGAAUCUGUUUGACCUUAUGCUCUUGGCUGAGUUUGACAUCCAACGAAUAUCCGGGUAAUUGAAGUCCCCCAUUACUACUAUCUCCCUUCCUUUUGCAUGCUUGGCCAUCUGUUCCAGGAAGGCAUCAUCUAUGUCCUCCGUUUGGCUUGGGGAUCUAUAGUAAACUCCCACAAUGAGGUCACUGUUAUUCUUCUCUCCCUUAAUUUUGACCCAAAUGCUCUCACUUUGGCUUUGAGGUUCUAAAUCUUGGAUUUCUUCACAGGUAUACACAUCCCUGACAUAUAACGCCACUCCUCCUCCUUUCUUGUCUGGUCUGUUUCUCUGAAAUAGAUUGUAUCCCCCAUUAUUACAUUCCAAUCGUGGGACUUAUCCCACCAGGUUUCAGUGAUGCCUAUUAUGUCAUAUUUAGUUUGCUGUACCAAGAGCUCAAGCUCAUCUUGUUUAUUUCCCAUGCUUUGCGCAUUAGUGUACAGACAUUGAAGUCCAUUAAUCAUUCCCCCGUGACUCUUAUUUAAGGAUUUUUUCCUCCCACCACUAGGUCUGUGUGCUGUUUGCUCCAUUUGGUCUAUGACAUUUGGAAGAUCAUCUUCAUCAAUUGAUAGACUCCUACCUUCAGGAGCACUGUCUCUCUCCCCCACAUUAGUCAGUUUAAAGCCCUCCUGAUGAGGUUUCUGAGAUUUUUGGCAAAACAUUUCUCCCAACCGUUGUGAGGUGCAGCCCAUCGCUUGCCAGAAGUCCAUCUUCAAGAAACUGCAGUCCGUGAUCUAAGAAUCCAAACCGUUCCUGUUUACACCAUUUGCGAAGCCAGCUGUUCACUUCCACUAUUGUUCCCUCUCUCCCUGGGCCACGUCGUUCAACUGGGAGGACAGAUGAGAUCACAAUUUGUGCAUUUAAUUGCUUCAAUUUCCUGCCCAGAGCCUCGUAGUCUCUUUUGAUCUUCUGGAGGCUAUUGCUUGCAGUGUCAUUGGUUCCCACAUGAACCAAGAGGAAGGGGUAUUUGUCAGUGGGUUUUAUGAUUCCUUGCAGUCGUUCAGUUACAUCUUGGAUCUUAGCCCCGGGGAGACAGCACACUUCCCGAGACAUCUUGUCAGGCCCACAGAUCACUGCUUCUGUUCCCCACAAUAUCUGGUUUAUAUACAUUAUUUACACAAUGGGCUACAUGUGAUUGGCUAAUUCUGGGAUUCUCCUGAAGGCCAAUCAGGUUGUGGAUUCACUUCCACCUGAAGCUGGAUUGGGUGGCUCCUGUGGACCAAUCAUACUGCUGCAUUGUUCUAGGACCAAUCAGACUGCUGCAUUCUGAAUCCUAUUGUUCUAGGACCAAUCAGACUGCUGCAUUUUGGAUCCUAUUGUUCUAGGACCAAUCAGACUGCUGCAUUUUGGAUCCUAUUCAACUCAGUACAUAACAUGUUUAAUAGACUAUUGUAUUUUAAUAUUCUGUUGGAAGCCGCCCAGAGUGGCUGGGGAAACCCAGCCAGAUGGGUGGGCUAUAAAUAAUACAUUAUUAUUAUUAUUAUUAUUAUUAUUAUUAUUUAUUAUGAGAAACCACCCUACUAGAAAAGAUAACCGAUAAACUUAAACUACUGGUGUGACUCCCCUUUAUCACUUAUACAGCAGAAGAAGACAAUGACCUCUCUCUCCCCACCCCCCAAAAAGCCUACCAGCUUUCUAUACUUAGGAUUGCUUUUGUUCAUUAGGGAAUCUCCCUUUGUGUGAAAGGAAACAAGACCCAACUGCAACGUUCCUUCUUUCAUCAUUUCUCCCCUAUCUCAGCAGUAUUACCAGUCCAGUUACUCUUAUUGUAUCAGACGGAGCCGUUCCAUUUUGUAGAUACCGGGAGCCCAGCCCAACUUGAGUGCUUUUCUACAGAAAGCGUGGAAGACAAAGGCUUGUCCUUCAGCUGGUAUAAAAGGAGAGAGGAUGGCACACCCCUUUUCAUUAAGAAAUGCUCAGAGAAGGAAGAUGGAGGCAGGUUUGCUUGCGAGGCAAAAGGACAAAAUCUGGUCUUGGCUAUCACCAAGGCCCAAAAGGAAGAUACUGGCCUAUAUAUGUGUGCCAAGAGAAAUCCCACCUUGACUUUCAGCAAUGGCUCCUCGCUGGUUGUUGGAGGUAAGAAAGCAAAAAGACUGAGCUUUGGAGUGUGAGGGGUAUUGAGUCUCUUCUACCACCACAGUCCUCCUUCUCAGUUCAAAGCCUAUACUGUCUCCUUACUAACAGUGGGCGAAACCUAUCAAUCUGUUUUAAGUUCAGCCGCCUUGUUUGUAAUUUGUUUUUAUUGGAAAUACGGUCGUACCUUGGAUCCCGAACGCCUUGCAAGUUGAACGUUUUGGCUUCCGAACACCGCAAACCCGGAAGUGACAGUUCCGGUUUGCGAACUAUUUUUGGAAGCCAAACGACCAAUGGAGCUUCCGAUUGGCUGCGGGAGCUUCCUGCAGCCAAUCAGAAGCCGCCGCUCUUUGGUUUCCAAACGUUUUGGAAGUUGGACAGACUUCCAGAACGGAUUCCAUUCAACUUCCAAGGUUCGACUGCAAGUCCCAAUGAGGAUUCAUCAGCAUUUUAGUGUCUUUUUCUCCUAACACACAUAUUUUUGCAUCUAACUUCCCCUAAGGAAGUUAGUUUUUGUACAUUAUUGCCUCAUAUUUAUACAUUUUUGUGCACAGAGCGCGUUACCUCUGGGUUUUGCCGCUCGGGCAUGCGCAGAUGCUCAAAAUGACGUCACGCGCAUGCAUGGAAAUGGCGAAUCGCAACCCACGCACAGGCAGACACACAGACGCGGGUUGCGUUCACUUCAGGAUGUGAAUGGGGCUCUGGAACGGAUCCCGUUCGCAUCCAGAGAUACCACCGUAUACAUAAAAAAUAUAAGGUUAGCAUCAUGCUGCAGUUGGCAUGGCCACCAAUAGGUGGCCACACCAACAGCAGUGAGAUGUACAGCAAGUGAGUGAAGAAGCAGUGCAGGGUGGCAGGCAACCCGGGCGAACUGUUUAAUGGAGGGGAAAGGUGGCUCACACAGCGCCUUAGCAAGCUGCUCUGUCAAACGCUUCCUAUUUCCUUUAAGAGGGGUUGAGAAAUCUGUGUGACGAGGGGCUUAGGGCAAGCUGUGAGGCGGUAGGUAAGGUGUAAAAAAAGAGGGAGUUGUCAGGUGUGGGAGAAGGGCAGUUGGAAAAUGAGCAGGUGUCUUAGUCUCAUUGCUGAGCAACCACGUGCAGAGCUCAGUGGAGAGGAAGGCCAGACAACCAGAAGAGUCUCUGAGGUGUGUUUGCCUGGAGGCAGACUCAGCAUCCGAAGUCAGGUCAGGUCCAGCCUUAGGGUCAGGCAAACGGCAUGCCCAGAUAGUCCAGGGGUCAGGGAAUCCGAUUACCAUGGGGUCAAGGAUCAAGAUGAACAGGAAGCAGCAAGAUUGGGCCAGGAACUGCAGGCAUUGUUUCCAGCAUCUGACUGCUGCUGGAAGCUCUGCUUAAGAAGACUGAAGCCAGCUGGUGUUCAUCGGUGCCUUCUCUGUGUCCUUGAAGGUUGAUCAGCUGCAGGGUGGAGUCACUCCGCCUUCUCCCCCUUCAGGCUGCUGUUCAGCAGGCGAAGCUGCCUCCUGGCGCAUGGCACCAGGUUGAAGAGCACAGCAAGCAAGAGGAGCAGCCCUACGCACUCUCUUUUUGUACAGUCCACACUUUUUUGGUUGUAGAAAUCCUCUACAAAAUGUAGAUCCUCAUGGGGUCUCUGCCAUGGGAGCAUAUUCAUCCAGUGCUUUUCCAGCUGCACUGGCUCCCGGUGGAGUACAGGGUCAGAUUUAAGGUGCUGGUUUUGACCUUUAAAGCCCUUCACGGCCUAGGACCCUCGUACCUACGGGACCGCCUCUCCCAGUAUGCCCCACAGAGAGCCUCAAGGUCCAUAAAUAGCAACACCCUAGAGGUCCCGGGCUCUAACAAAGUCAGAUUAGCCUCAACCAGAGCCAGGGCCUUUUCAACACUGGCUCCGGCCUGGUGGAACGCUCUGCCUCAUGAGACCAGGGCCCUGCGGGAUCUGAUUUCUUUCCGCAGGGCCUGUAAGACAGAGUUGUUCCACCUGGCCUUUGGCUUGGAAUCAGUUUGAUUCCCUCCCCCUCUUUCUUUCUUUUUUCUUUUCUCUUUCUGUGUUGAAACUCCUAUUUGGGGACUUCCCUGGCUUUUUUCUGGCCCAUGUAGGACCAGUCUGGAUAGUUGGCCUUGGUGAAGACUUAACGUUUUCAUCCCCCAAUUUGAGUUUCCACUGAAAUGAGGCUGCAUUUUAAUGUUUUUGUGUUGUAUUUUAAUCUUGUUUUUUAAGAUGUAUUUUAAUCUUGUUUUUUAAGCUGUAUUUCAAUCAAUUGUUUUUAUAUUUGGUCUUAGCUGCCCUGAGCCCAGUCUUGGCUGGGGACAGCGGGGUAUAAAUAAAAUUUAUUGUUAUUGUUGUUGUUGUUGCUGUUUCCUGAACUCUCGGCUUCGUUCCCUACAACACACACAGAUAGCUACACCCAGAGUACCUGGGUGAAGCUUUUGCAGUCCGCUCCUCGUGAAGCAUCUCGAAUCUUGCAGAGCAACAAAAUGGCUUGCGUGGUCCACGGCGCUUCCAGCUUCGUCCAAGUGUCCUGGGACGUUCCUGGACAUCUCUGGCCAGAGACGCUGCUGAUGAGAAGCAACCGCAGUUCUUGGACGUUCGUCAGUGUCCUUCACAUCCCCCUGGAUUUGAACACGAGUGCUGCGAAUUUCACGUGUGAGGUCAGGUUCAACUCCUCGGGCGCCGCUGUCAGGAUGAACGCCGAAUUCCCUGCGGGUGAGUGGUGGUGUGGCACGUAACCCUUUGCCCUCGUCGACAAAAUUGGCUGGUCAUCUUCAUGUGUUGGUUCUUAGGAAUAGAGGAAGCUGCAUUAUGCUAAGCCAUAGAAUCAAAGAAUCAUAGAAUUGCGUGGUGAGUUUUCCCCAGUGGAAAUAAAGACACAUGACACAAUUAUUAAGGAUAGUGCUGUGGGUUAAACCACAGAGCCUAGGACUUGCCAAUCAGAAGGUCAGCGGUUCGAAUCCCCACAAGAGGGUGAGCUCCUGUUGCUCGGUCCCUGCUCCUGCCAACCUAGCAGUUCGAAAGCACGUCAAAGUGCAAGUAGAUAAAUAGGUACCGCUCUGGCCGGAAGGUAAAUGGCGUUUCCGUUCACUGUUCUGGUUCACCUGAAGUGGCUGUCAUGCUGGCCACAUGACCAGCUGUACGCCGGCCCCCUUGGCCAAUAAAGCGAGAUGAGUGCCGCAACCCCAGAGUCGGUCAUGACGGGACCUAAUGGUCAGGGGUCCCUUUACCUUUACUUUAAGGCCACAACUUUAUUGGUUACAGGUGAUGAGCAGUAUUGGCUUAGGCAUUGGUCCUAACCGACUACAGUGGUUCCUCGGGUUAAGUACUUAAUUCGUUCUGGAGGUCUGUUCUUAACCUGAAACUGUUCUUAAUCUGAAGCACCACUUUAGCUAAUGGGGCCUCCUGCUGCUCCCGAGCCGCCGGAGCACGAUUUCUGUUCUCAUCCUGAAGCAAAGUUGUUAACCUGAGGUACUAUUUCUGGGUUAGCGGAGUCUGUAACCUGAAGCGUAUGUAACCUUAAGCGUAUUUAACCUGAGGUACCACUGUAUAUCCAACUUCAGCCCGUCCGCUUGAAGUCCGGGAAGGGUUAACCACCAGUAGGGGGAGUCCUGCUGAUUCACAUCAACUAGGAACUCCCCCAGGGUCACUGCUUGGGGACGUGCCUUAGGCCCUCACCUCCCUAGGCUUCAGACAGGACCACGCCCCCCGGGAUCCUUUAUCGGACUACAAUAUGCGGGGCAGGUGAUGGCGCUUCCUCCCCUCUUCCAACUACAGAACAAUACCAAUGCCUAACCGCCAAUACCCAGAAAGUUGUGACGAUUUGCUACGAGGCAGGCGACAACCAAGUGGCUGGUGCCAAUUUGCCAAGUGGAAAAAUUCCUACCAGGCCCCUUAAUGGCGACCAACCGAGGUCCAUAGCAAGGUCAAGAACGAAAACCAUAAAGGGUGGGAGGGUGGGAAAAGCAGGAACAGCUGACAGGCGGGGAAAGAGGAAGAUCCCCGGCCGCGUCCUGCCUUAAGUAGGGCAGGCCACGCCCCCAGAGCCAGCCGAUUGGCUGGCCAGGGGAUGAUGCGGCCGGGAAUCCCCCCAAUCUCGCGGGGCUGGGCUCGUGAAGCCCGCAACUCCACCACCUUCAAGGGCGGAAGUGGCUUUGUAGCUCUGGAAGAGACCUCAAGGGUCGUGUAGGCCAUACAAGAAUCUUUUCCCAGUCCUACCUGGAGAUGCCAGGAAUUGAACUGGGGUUUCCUGUAUGUGAAAUAAUCUACUAACUCUCGUUUUGAUUGUGUUCUAGAUUUCCGAAAGAGGGUGGAGAAAAAAUAAAUGGCCUUUGUUUGCAUUAUUCUGCGCGAUGCAUCAAAUUUAUAGACCCGUGCACUACGCAGAGGAUGCAAAUAGUGGUUUCUUCCUUCUUUCCCCAUAAAACUAGACACGGACAAAUGUUUCAAUAUUGGUUUCUGACAGCUUCUCGUUAUUCCAGUCAUAAGUCCAGCUCCUCUCACACAUUUAUUAGUUUGCAUUUUUAAAAGAAAUUCCUCAUUGAAAUUUGCCAGCGUUUUAGUGUGCAUUUUUCCUAAGAUGCACAUUUUUGGGGAAGCAAUUCCCUCAAAAAAUGUGUUGCAUUUCCUUGAGAUAUUUCCACGAACAUAUGCUUCUUGUGCAUGCUUUUCUCUAGUAUGUACAGUGGUACCUCGGGUUAAGUACUUAAUUUGUUCCGGAGGUCCGUACUUAACCUGAAACUGUUCUUAACCUGAAGCACCACUUUAGCUAAUGGGGCCUCCUGCUGCCGCCGCACCUCCGGAGCACGAUUUCUGUUCUCAUCCUGAAGCAAAGUUCUUAACCUGAAGCACUAUUUCUGGGUUAACGGAGUCUGUAACCUGAAGCGUAUGUAACCUGAAGCGUAUGUAACCUGAGGUACCACUGUGUGCACAUUUUGGGCAAGCCAUUUCCCCACAUAUAUUUCCUUCUUAGACAUUGUUUCCACAAAUAUAUGCUUUGAAUGCACACUUUUCUCCCAACGUGCCUAUUUUUUCGGCUGGGGAAUCGCAUUGCAAAAUUCAGGAAAGUAUGGAUUUUGCAGAAUAGCUUUGCUUCUUCAGUUCAGGGAAUGCAAACCCCACCCCUCCUCCAGUAACACAGUGAAGCAAAAUAUAAGUGAUGGGGUUCUUCUGGUCUGUGUCAGUGACAGCAGUUGCUAAGUAAUGUCUGCCUGUUCCCUCCCUCCCUCUCCCUUUCCUUUUUACAGCUCCCUCUGCAGUCCUAGACAACCAAUGUCUCAGCUUCUCAGUGUCCUUGUCUGUCCUGGCUGUUCUGACACUGCUGAUGCUUCUCUUAAGCUUCCUUUGGAUUCGACGCAGCCGCUUCAGGCUAGGUAAUAUCAGCAGCCAUGUCCUAAGAAAUCAACAACAAGUGUUUAAAUUUUAUUUCAGGCUCUCUUAAAGUCAGGCAUUACUUAGGAACCUUUUAUUUUUAAGUUCAAGGGCCACGUUUAUUUUUAUUUUGUUGUUUAUUUAAUUUACCGUAUUUUUCGCCCCAAAGGGCGCACCGGCCCAUAGGGCGCACCUAGUUUUUUUUGGGGGGGGGAAUAAAGAAAAAAAAUUAUUUCCCCCCCCCAGGUGCGGGGCUGGGACGGGGGAAGCCCGAGCUUCCCCCGACCCCAGCCCCCAGAACAGGCUGCUAUCAGCAAGCUGUGGGAGACUGGCGGGAAGUCGCGCCGGUCUCCCCAGGCUUGCGGAUAUCUGCCCGAAGCCCGGGGCAUGCUACUCAGCGCGCCCCGGGCUUCGGGAUGCAGGCAGCUCUCCGGAAGCCUUGGGAGACCGGCAGGAACUCCCACCGACUCCCAAGGCUUGCGGAUAGCUUCUUGAAGCUUGGAGAGCAAGAGGGGUUGGUGCACACCGACCCCUCUCGCUCUCCAGGCUUCAGCGAAAGCCUGCAUUCGCCCCAUAGGACGCACACACAUUUCCCCUUCAUUUUUGGAGAGGAAAAAGUGCGUCCUAUAGGGCUAAAAAUACGGUAUUACAUUGAUAGACCACCUCUUCCAAUGAGCUGAAGGCAGUGCUCAUGACUCUCUUCCUCUUCCUGCAUCCUCACAACAACCCUGUAAAGUAGGUUCGGCUAAGAGACGGUGACUGGCCCAAGGUCACAAUCAGUGAGCUUCACGGCUGAAUGGGAAUACGAACCCUGCUCUCCCAGGUCAUAGACCAACACUCUAAUCAGUGGGGCUUUUUCAGCCUGAGUGCUACAUUUUUCUUGCUGGGCAAUAUUCCGGGGGCCACUUGCAAGCAGUGGGAGGGCCAGUGGCAAAAGUGGCUGAGCAACGAAUGUACCGUUUUUUUCCGUAUAUAAGAUGCCCCCUAUUUGGGGGGAUUCCAAUUUGAGAAAAAUUCCCCUCUGCACUAUUCGUGUUGAGGGCGAGCCCCGAUUCCCCCCCCCUUUCAAAGAACUUUAUUUCACAUGAUACCGCCAUCAUGCCCACAGCUGUAUGGAGCAAGUGGCACAAAGCCUUUAAGCAGAAUGUACAAUGCAUCCAGAGGGACGCGGGUGGCGCUGUGGGUUAAACCACAGAGCCUAGGACUUGCCAAUCAGAAGGUUGGCGGUUUGAAUCCCCGCAACGGGGUGAGCUCCCGAUGCUCGGUCCCUGCUCCUGCCAACCUAGCAGUUCAAAAGCACGUCAAAGUGCAAGUAGAUAAAUAGGUACCACUAUGGCGGGAAGGUAAACGGUGUUUCCGUGCGCUGCUCUGGUUCGCCAGCAGCAGCUUAGUCAUGCUGGCCACAUGACCCGGAAGCUGUACAUCGGCUCCCUCAGCCAAUAAAGCGAGAUGAGCGCCGCAACCCCAGAGUCGGCCACGACUGGACCUAAUGGUCAAGGGUCCCUUUACCUUUACAAUGCAUCCAAGGAGCCGCCUUUACCUUUACAAUGCAUUCAAGGAGCCGCCAGCCCUCUUGUGACCCAGUAGCAACACAGCGAUGAGCCCCACACGCAUACAAAAAAGAAGGUGCUUUGUUCCUGCACUCUCCUUGAAUCCCCCACUCCCAAAGUCACAGUAAUGGCAGAAGCGGGCAGGUCAAGUUCAGACGUUCACAGGCUCCCGGAUGCUGUUCUGCCUCUUCACCACAAACAGCUUCUGACCAGAGAGGGUCACGAGGAAGGAGUGCUCCCCAAACACCACAGAGAUACACCUGAAGGGCACCGCGGGGCAGGUGGAAAGUGCAGGCUGUGUUCACCAGCUCUGAGAUCACCCCGGCUGUCCGCUCGGCAUUCUCCAGGUUGGCCGAAGAUGCCAGCACCGCGCCAUCGCAGAUGACCAGGUAGCUGGUCUGGUCGGGGACGCGCCCCAGCCCCUGAGUCAGCACCGCCGUCACCACCAUAGCUGCCGCCGAUGCUCCGUCCCAUGACCAAGCCCUCCGGUGCCGCCUCGAACAACUUCCCCCCAGUGAGCCCCGAUUUUGAACAUUAUUUUCGAGUAAAAAAACCCAUAGUCUUAUACACGGAAAAGUACGGUAAUUCCCCCCCGCCCUUUGCAUAGUAGAUGAGUUUCUACACAAACUCACACCCCACCACCAUCCACCCAGGCAUGAUCAGAGUUCAAAUUACACAUUCCAGAUAGCAAGCAUACUCAAUGAGGUUGCGAAGCAAGUUGGUAAGGGGUGUGGCCUAGAGAGAGAGGGCGUGGCUAGGAGGAGAGCCCAAAAACCAGGCAGAGAGGCCAUUUCCUCCCCGUACCCGAGGCCCCCUGGACUCGAGUGUUUUAGCAGUGGAUUUUUAGGCAGGAAUUAUGUUCCAGGGUGGAGCCACGUAGGUGGCGCUGUGGGUUAAACCACAGAGCCUAGGACUUGCCGAUCAGAAAGUCGAUGGUUCGAAUCCCUGCGACGGGGUGAGCUCCCAUUGCUGGGUCCCUGCUCCUGCCAACCUAGCAGUUCGAAAGCACGUCAAAGUGCAAGUAGAUAAAUAGGUACCGCUCUGGCGGGAAGGUAAACGGCGUUUCCGUGCGCUGCUCUGGUUCGCCAGAAGCGGCUUAGUCAUGCUGGCCACAUGACCCGGAAGCUGUACGCCGGCUCCCUCGGCCAAUAAAGCGCCGCAACCCCAGAGCGCCGCAACCCCAGAGUCGGUUACAACUGGACCUAAUGGUCAGGGGUCCAUUUACCUUUAUGUUCCAGGGAAAAGCAGCAAGGAACCACAAAUGGACUGACCACAUUUUCUGUUGGUGGGAUUCUCAGUGGGAUCUGUUAGGUCACUGUAAGAACAGGAAGCUGCCCUAGACAGGUCUCCCAUGAUGCAUUCUCAGCUGUUAUUCUGGACUUUUCCUGAGUUCCUCCUGGGAGGUCCAGUCACAUGGUGGGGGCAUGCCCACUGUUUUGGGAAAUCCAAAUUAGGUAGGUUUGAACCGAACGGAGUGUCUUCCCUAUCCCUUUUGCAGUUGGCAAAAAAUAUUGGCCCGCACAGCAGCAGCUGAAGAAGAAUGGCCCCUCUAGCUCUUUUAUUUAUUCCUAAUAGUCUCCUUUUCUUUUAUUCCCCAAGGAUCCCGAUACCAGGACUCUGAACCUCCAUCUUCAGAGGGAAUAAAGGUAUGACUCUUUCUUUGGAGAUGGCGAAGGGGGGACUUCUCCAGAUUUCAAGGGUGCUUUCAUAUGUGAUAUACAUUGUAGGGACCUCACAAGGUCAUCCAGGCCAGCCCGUCAGUGCAGUAAGCCCACUGCUAUAGCGCCCCCAAUAGGCGGUGCUUUGAAUUGCACCUGGACAUGAACUGAAGCGAGUGCAACUGGGCUGAGGAGGAGGCAGUACAGGGAAAGCAAAGGAGAAUUUACAAAAUUUUGACAUUUCAGCCUAGCUUAACUUGCUUGUGAAGAAAGGUGAUGAUGUUCCAGAGAUCAGGAGCCUCAUACCUGAGGUCCAGAUGCGGCCCCCCAGACCUCUGCACCUGGCCCCCAGGACUCUUCUCAGAGUCUUACCCCUCCCUAGUCCUGCUUUGAAUCCUCCUUGAGCAUUUUUGCCUGGCUGAAAUGUGUCAUUGAACCCAGACAAUGGCUGGAUAUAGACACAUCAAGGUAGCAUUGAGAACGUGUUUUAAACUUCAUAUGAGAAAUCACGUUGGCAAAAAACGGAACUCCAUAGCGCCAUCUGGUGUCACACUGUUAUAAUGCAUAUACGCCCCAUAUAAAACUAUUUUUCUUUACCAAUCUAGCUGAGUCCAAUGUCUGAAUAGAGAAUAGAGAGGGGCAUGUGUGUGUAGAAAAUAAACAAAAAUAAAAUUUGCAUUUGUUGCUCCACCCAUUUUGGCCCUGGCCCGCCCACUACAAGCAUGUGACCCUCAAAAUGUUGCCCCAAAGCAGCAGAGGCUGGUAUAUUUGGGGAAAUGGCCCAAACAGAUGUGAGACAGUGUCAGUGAGGGGAUUGGCCUUGGGAAAGGGGGUGUGACCAGAGGGGAGGCGGCGUGGCCUGAGGAGAUUUCUGAGGGCCGUACAGAGAGACUUGAAGGGCCUGAAGUUGGCCAACUGUGCUCCAAAUAACAGUUUCUCCACUCUUUACGAAACAGGAAGGCACUUGCUAUGCCCAGCUAAAUCUUGCUUCAAGGACCUAAGAAAAGAACGAGGCAGCGAGUAUCAGAAGUGGCUGGGGUCUGGGAUCAAAAGACUUUAACCUGCUGCGGCAGCUUUUUGGAUUCUGAUCUGCGAGGCUGGAAGGAUAGAAAUGUCGGGAUCUCUGCUCAGCCAAGCUGAUAAAGCUCAUCUUCCAGAAUCACCCUCCCGACGAAUAAUUAACAACCUGAGCCUUUGACGAGGCUCCAAGGCACGUUCCCACAUACAGCAGCGUUUCCAGCAGCAUGCGGAAGUGAUGAGAUUUAUGGCUACAUUGCAAAGGGUUUUAUUUCUCGCUACGCAGACAGAAAAGACAUCCUCUCUCUGUGAAAGCAGAGAGCAACCGAAAGAACAAAGGAACAGGAAACCACUAACGUCACAUCCUGUCUCCCGUGAGACUUCCAGCAGCCUGGAAGGUCUCUGGAAUGUAAACAGAGUCCUGUGACUCUAAGCAGCUGCUCGGUGACAAACAGAAACUAACAAGAAACACCAGCUCAGCUUCUAGAGCCAGCAAGCGACAUCAGCAAAAGGUCUCUGUUCCCCAUACUUCAAGCUGGAAGAAACAGUGACCUCCUUCUCACAGCUGUUGUGGAAAUGAAUUGUUACACGGCGCCCCAAUCUCUGAGGGCUGCGAGAUUCUGCUUGCCCAGGGGUCGUGUUUCCUUUGGAAACGAGGCACAGCGGAGACUGUGUUGUCUUUAUGCUAUAUGGUUUAUUGACACAUAUAUACGUACAACCUGAGCCCACGGUGGAUGAGUUUACAGCAAUAGCACCCCAAGAAGGCCUUGCUUCUCCCAUGGACACAGUUUUGGAUGCCAGCAGAAAUCAGCCCCGGCCCUCUGUCCCUCUCUGCCCAGCUUGCUGCUUUUUACAGACUGAAAGCUUUCACUCCCAGAACACGCCACAGCCAACUGCAAUGCUCAAAACUUGUCUCCUUCCAACCCUCGUCUUUGUCCUAACUCUGGCAGUUGAUUUAUUUUCUUUUCUUCUUAUUAUUUUAACAAAGUAAUAAUAAUAAAUAAAUAAAAAUGUGCACCCCACCACCGAAACCAUUCCUUUGUAACUAUCCAACCUCCCAAAAUUUCAACACCUCUCGUGAUGGUUUGACCCCUUUCUGUUUUAACAGUACAAAUUCUACAAAUACCUUCCAAAUCUCCUCAAAAUAAUUUCUCCUGCAUAUUCCCCAUCUUACCUUAA